GUGAACCAAAGGGAUGCGGCUCUACUCCGUCGGCCCAACUUUGCUCACCCGGACGUCGGCUCACUGUUGUCGGCCACGGAGUCGGACACUCCCUCUGAAUAUAUGGACCCAUUGCAUAACACACCAGCGAUGCCUAUAUUGCCUGAUAUGCCCACCAGAUCUCGAAAGCUUCUCGAAGAUCUUGGAAGCACUUCCAUAAUGGGAGGGCAUGGAGGAGGAGGAGGUCAUCGCUCGGGUUAUAGUCAUUUAGAGCAUAAUAUGAUGAGAGGAUCGCCUAAGAAAACACAA